GUCGUUGUUUUUAGUUGAAAGUGCAAAAAGAAGUACACCGUAAAUUCUGAAAGGCAAUACUUACAUUGUAAAAAACUAAUAACUAAACAAAAUUAAUGCUAAUGUCUGCUCACAGAACGUUAAAAGAGAAAUGCAGAUAUGAAAUAAGAUAAGCUGUAUAUGUAUGCAGUUUGCUGUAUUUAUUGUCAUAUCAUUUGUUAUCAACGGUCCCAAGAUCCUGAUCUUCAGAGUGGAGGGUGAUUGAGGUAAUAAAAAGGCCGAUACGGAUAAUUACGUGCCGGGUGGACAGACGAAGAGUGGUGGCUGCUUGUUGCCGUGCGGUUCCUAAAAAGUACUCAAAAUUGAUAGAAAGAACAAAAAGGCUGCUGCAACUGGUGCCUCAGCCGGGGACCAGCCGCCGCGCAAAAAGGGACGUCGCUCCGGAGGAUCCAAUUCAGUUUCUGCCGUAGACUCGAACGCAGCGUCUACGUCCAGGGCAGCGCAACAGCAAACUCCGAGUGCCUCUGAACGAAGAAGUGAUACGCAGCCGAGCCGCAAAUCUAAUUCGGACGCAAAUAGAUUGCAGCCCAAUUCCACAACGUCCAUGACGGACACCACCCAUACACAGAACAGCAAUAGCAAUAGCAACAGGCAAAGCGACAAUAGCAUCGGCUCUGGCAUGAAUAUGCAGAAUACAACAGCCUUGUCAUCCUCAACAGCCGGCUCUGCAGACGGUACUGGCGCCGCUGUGGAGUUACCAACAGGCGGCGACAAUGUUACCCGAGAGGGUGGCGGCGGCGGCAGUGCUGGUGGCGAUGCCGCAGCCGAUGAGGUUGCCCAACCCUCGAGCGGCCAUAGCAAUAAUACGACAAACGGUCACGAUGUGAAGCACAAUGGAUUCGCGGCCAACAAUAAUGGCAGCACGAACAAUUGUGCGGUGGACGGGGAAAACAAUCGGGAAAAUAAUAGUGGCUACAGCGGCAUUCAUUUGGACAAGUCGAAUCAAGAGAUUAUACGGCUCAUUGGCCAAUAUCUGCACGACGUUGGUCUCGAGAAGUCGGUGAAGACUCUAAUGGUUGAAUCAAACUGUUACUUGGAACAUCCCUCGGCUACAAAGUUCAGGGAGCAUGUCCUGGUUGGCGAUUGGAGCAAAGCAGAUGCUGAUCUCAAGGACUUGGAACCAUUGAUCGAUAAUGGAAAAUCAUCCACAAUUACAGAAAUGAAGUUCAUAUUGUUGGAACAAAAGUACUUGGAGCAUUUGGAUGAUGGCAAUCCGUUGGACGCACUGCACGUGCUGCGCAGCGAGCUGACUCCACUACAGCACAACAUUUCACGUGUGCAUCAAUUAUCCUCUUACAUGAUGUGUUCGACCAAUGAAGACCUCUACCAGCGCGCCAAAUGGGAUGGCAAGGGCAUAGCAUCGCGUGCGCUUGUGAUGGAGCGUCUGCAGACAUUUAUGCCGCCAUCGGUGAUGAUGUCGCCGCGUCGGCUGCGCACAUUGCUUCAGCAGGCGGUUGAGCUGCAGAGCCAGAACUGCCCCUGUCACGAUAUGGCCUGGGAGACAAAUCUGCAGACAGUGUCCCUGCUGACCGAUCAUUGUUGCACCACAGAUGGCUUUCCCAUGCAGACAAUACAGGUGCUAACCGAUCACUGCGACGAAGUCUGGUUCUGUAAGUUCUCGCCCGACGGCCUCAAGCUGGCCACGGGCAGCAAAGAUUCCACUGUGAUCAUCUGGGAUGUAGAUCCAUACAAGUUGACGCUCAAACAUCGCCGUGUGCUCGAUGGUCAAGCGCAGUUAAACGUUAGCUUCGUCAGCUGGAGUCCGGACUCAAAGCUUAUUCUAGUGGGCGGCACCGAGGACUCGCACGAGCUCUUCAUCUGGAAUGUUGACGAUGGGAAGCUGGUUGUCAAGUUCUCGCAAUCCCCGGAUGAUAGUCUGGCGUGCGGCACAUUCAGUCGCGAUGGCAAUCAUUUUGUCUGCGGUGGUCAAAAGGGACAGCUUUAUCUGUGCGAUCUGAACGGCACUCUAAUCGACUCCUGGGAGGGCGUGCGCGUUAAUAGCGUCGCCUUUCGGGCUGAUAACAAAACCAUAUUGGCGGCCGAUAAUCACUAUCGUAUAAGAGGCUAUAAUUUUGAUAACCCACGCUCUGACUUUGAUAUACUGCGGGAGCCGCAUCCGAUUAUGACGUUUAGCAUCAAUUCUGCCGAUCGUUUGGCCUUGUUAAAUGUCUCCAAUCAGGGCCUGCAUCUUUGGGAUAUCGAGGAUAAGUGCUUAGUGCGACGUUUUCAGGGCAUACGGCAAAGCAAUUUUGCCAUUCAUUCUUGCUUUGGCGGCGUUAACGAGAGCUUUGUGGCGAGCGGCAGCGAGGACAAGGUUGUGUACAUUUGGCACUUGAAGCGCGAGGAGCCCCUGGCUAAGCUGGCCGGUCACACCAAGACGGUGAACUGCGUGUCCUGGAAUCCAGUCUAUCCGUCCCUACUAGCCAGCGCUAGCGAUGAUGCCACCGUGCGCAUUUGGGGACCGAAACCAACGGGCAGCAGUGCAACGACGGAGAGUGAUGAUUGCUCAUCCAGUUCGUCAUCGUCCUCGUGGAACAUGACCUAAAACCGCAAUUUGCUUAACGUUGUAUUUAUGUGGUGACUGCGCAGUAGGGGAUUGCAGUAUGAAAUUGGGGUUUCUUGUUCAAGGCCAGAAUAUAUAGCCAUGGAUACAUUUCAAUUGCAAUCGAAUUUUUGCCACAAUCAACUUUCAAUUAUACGCUGUUUAAGUUUCGUCCGUUUCUAUUUGUUUUUUUGUAUAUGCAAGAUCCUCUAAUGCGUUAAUCCACAUAAAUAGGUACGUGAUUACUCUGAAUUAGCUGUAAGUAAACUCCCAAUGUCGAUCUAAAUGUGGUGCGCAUGCCCCUGCAACCAGUUGCAAUUUGUUGCCGGGGCGGCGAAAACACAAGACUGCCAUUAUCCAAAACAAUGUGGAUGAGCAGCAUGACUUACAAUUAGCAUUAAACUUAAAUAAGGUACAUUGACAUUGUCUCACACAUAAUCGGACACAAUCGCAGACGCACGAUGCGCAUAUGUAUGGAUACUGUUCAAAGCUUUUCAAGAAACAAUAGUAUUUUUGUUUUGUUUUUUUAUAUUUUAAAACUUCAUACUCAUAUGUAUGUAUAUUUAUUUACAUGCCUAUGUAUUGUCGAUUGGCUUUUAGUUUUUACCAGGUUUCAAAAUGUGGUUAAGCAUUUUGCAAACAAUUGCCAUUUUAACUACCUUGUCUACUCUUCGAUACUUCGAACGAUUUCCAUUGCUUUUGGUUCAAACAAGUUAAUCAGCCUGAAUCCCUUCAGUAAUGUUGUGUAUGCAUCCUAUUUUAUCGGAAUAUUGUGCGUGCGGACUCCCGGUACAUUUUAAUUGUUCAUUACUUAUAGAUUGAAGGCCGUAGCCGCAUCUCACGUUAAGAAGACUUUUGUUUCGACGUUUACAGAUUGUUGUUAACAACGUUUAACCAAAUUAAUGAUAUAACGAAAAGGGCCUUUAACCCCAAUUUUAUUUUAUAAUCAAUACAUGCAAUAAAGAUAGCGCUAUUUACAUA